AUGGACACUGUUCUUCGCCAGUCGAAGGCCAUGUGCCCUUUCCUGAAGAAGGCCUCCCCCGCCACCCUCCGCGCCCUGUCGACCUCGACCCGCCCCCAGGCCUCGCAAUGCGGCGGUACCAUCUCCAAGCUUCAGCUGCUCGGCCAGCGCUGCCCCAUCAUGGGCAAGGCUCUGGCCGUCCAGUCUGCCCGCACUGGCGUCUGCGGGGCCGCCACGGCCGUCUCUGGUCUCCGCGCCUUCUCCGGCCACCACAAGGCCGGCAAGGCCAAGAUCCACACCAGCCGCCCCAACGAGGCCAGGGCUGUUGACGGAGUCCUCAACCACCGCGAGGUCCAAUUCCCACCUAGGUUACCCGUCAACCAGCAGGCCAGCGCCGCGGAUCGUCCCGCCAGGCCGGCUUCGUCGAGCCCCAAGUUCGACUACGAUGGCUUCUACGAGGUCGAACUCGACAAGAAGCACAAGGACAAGUCCUACCGCUACUUCAACAACAUCAACCGUCUGGCCAAGGAGUUCCCCACGGCCCACAUGGCUAACAAGGAUGAGCGCGUGACGGUCUGGUGCGCCAACGACUACCUGGGAAUGGGCACGAACAAGAAGGUCAUCAGCAAGAUGCAACAGACCCUGGAGGAGUACGGCUGCGGCGCCGGCGGAACGAGGAACAUUUCCGGCCACAACAAGCACGCCGUCGAGCUUGAGGGCACCCUCGCAAAGCUGCACGCCAAGGAGGCUGCCCUGGUCUUCACCUCCUGCUACGUGGCAAACGAUGCCACUCUCGCGACGCUGGGAAGCAAGAUGCCUGACUGUGUCAUCCUUUCCGACAGUCUCAACCACGCCUCCAUGAUCCAAGGAAUCCGCCACUCCGGAACCAAGAAGAUUGUCUUUAAGCACAACGAUCUGGAGGAUCUUGAGUCCAAGCUUGCUUCCCUACCCCUGCACGUCCCCAAGAUCAUCGCUUUCGAGUCUGUAUACAGCAUGUGUGGCUCAAUCGGACCCAUUGAGGGCAUCUGUGACUUGGCGGAGAAGUACGGUGCCAUUACCUUUCUCGAUGAAGUCCAUGCCGUAGGCAUGUACGGGCCGAGCGGUGCCGGUGUGGCCGAGCAUCUCGAUUGGGAAGCCCACCAACAAGGACGACCCGAAGGCACCAUCAUGGAUCGCGUCGACAUCAUUACUGGAACUCUGGGCAAGGCAUACGGCUGCGUCGGCGGAUACAUCGCUGGCAAGGCCAAGUUGGUCGACAUGAUUCGAUCUCUUGCCCCUGGCUUCAUCUUCACAACUUCCUUGCCACCGGCGGUGAUGGCCGGUGCCAAGACUUCCAUUGAAUAUCAGAUGGAGUACAAGGGUGACCGCUUCCUCCAGCAGAUGCACACUCGUGCCGUCAAGGAGGAGAUGGAAGCCCGCAAUAUCCCGGUCAUGCCCAACCCAUCGCACAUCAUCCCCAUCCUGGUGGGCAGCGCCGAGGUCGCCAAGCAGGCCUCGGAUAUGCUGCUUCAAGAUUACCAGAUCUACGUCCAGGCUAUCAACUACCCCACUGUUCCCCGGGGCCAGGAGCGUCUGCGCAUCACGCCCACUCCUGGUCACACCAAGCAGUACCGGGACCACUUAGUCAACGCCGUCGACGAGAUCUGGACUAAACUGGGUAUCAAGCGUACCUCCGACUGGGCUGCUGAGGGCGGAUUUGUCGGUGUUGGUGUGAACGAUGGACAUGUCGAGCAGCCGCUCUGGACUGACGAGCAGUUGGGAAUCGAUAAGAUCGCCGACGAAAUCAAGGCCUCCAAGCCCGCCGACAAGAGCUUCACCGAGCACCUCCUCGAGCGUCAAGCCUCCGGACAGGUCGUGAGCGCUGCUGCAUAA